AUGUCCCGUAGCAAAGUCAACUAUUAUGCUACUGAUAAAGACUCUUGCCCUCUUGCAAGUGUUGCCUUUGCCUCAUUAGACCUUGAAGGCAAUGAAUCACGAGAUGUCAUAUCCAAGUGCGAAGCUGCUAUUUGUGACCAAAUCAAUCGUAAAAUCAGCGCAGAAGAGUCAGCUUCUAUAUUGUAUAGAUAUGCAGAUAACAAUGCCCCAGCAAAAUUGAUUCAAAAAGUUCUCCACGCAAUUGAUCAUCAUAAGCCUGUUAUUGGCUUGUCUGACAAAAAUAAAGGUUCACACCACUGCAUGAUGUGGCGCCAAGAAGAAGAUAUUCUUCUUCUGGCAGCAAUUCAUAAGUAUGGUCUUGGUGACUGGAAAUCCAUUGCCUACUUUGUUGGUGGUGGUCGAUCCCGAUCACAGUGUUCUCAAAGAUGGGGCCGUGCCAUGGAUCCAAAAAUCGCAAAAGCUCCAUGGACUGAACAAGAAGAUAAAAUUCUUCUUGAUAUGGUAAAUGAGUACGGGGAGCACUCUUGGGCCAACAUUUCAAGAAAGAUGGGAAAUAGAUCUGAUGUUCAAUGCAGAUACAGAUUUUUCCUUCUGACAAAGAGGGGUAAAUCUGGCAAACCAGCCAAAAGAGCUUCUCCUAAUUCUCCUAUUUACCAAAAGUUUGAUGAAAAUCAAUCUGAUUCAAAAAAUGAACCAAAAUCCAAGGAUAAAUUAGUUAUUCAAGAACAGGAAAAUUCAUUUGUUAAAUACAACGUACUACCAAUUUCUGUAUUAUUGCCCAUGAAGAGCAUUUCGGAAUGCUCUGUUGACGAAUUGUUCCCUCCAUUGAUCAUGAAAUCGCAGGCUCAUUCUGAGCCCACUUCCCCUAUAUAUUCUAACCAGUUAUAG